CCCCUCUUAACAGAACGUGUGUCAAUGUUCAUUUCACUUCUCCUUGAUCUCUAAAGACUAAAGAAAAGUGUUGAAGCUGAUGAUCAGAUCAUCUGAAGAAGAAUCAUGGCCUACCAAUUUAAAUUGGCUGAGAAGCUUCUUAUACUGAAUGACAGAGGCCAAGGCGUUCUGGUCAGGCUGAACCAUAUUAAAAAGAUUUGUACAGAUCCAAAGCGAAGACCAUCCUACCUUACUGACAAAACCAUGGAGUCUGCCAUAAAAUAUAUCAACAGAAAAUUCCCCAACAUAGACUUCAGAGGAGGCAGUCAACAUCUCGGCAGCAUUCAGAAACAGAAGUCAGCUGUACUGGAGGCCCUUCACAGUUUCUAUGAGUCCUUCAUUGAUGUCAUGGAGUUCAGGGAUCACGUUUAUGAAUUGCUGAACACAAUAGAUGCCUGCCAGUGCUUCUUUAGCAUAGCUGUAAAUUUUGACUUCACCAAGAACUACCUGGAUCUUAUUGUCACCUACGCUUCAGUCAUAUACAUGUUGUCCCGAAUUGAUGACAAGAAGGCACUUGUGGGAAUGUAUAACUGUGCAUAUGAGCUGUCAAAUGGAAGCAGUGACCCCACAUACCCUCGUCUUGGACAGAUGUUCUUAGAGUACGAUCAUCCCUGGAAAAAACUUUCAGAGGAGUUUGGUCCUCACACCAAGUCUGUAACAGAGGCUCUUCUGUCGUUAAAUCUGAUUUAUCCACGGAGGAAUCUGUCUGCUGAACAGUGGCGCAGUGCUCAGAUGUUGUCACUGUUGGCUUCUCCUGCAACAAUGCUCAACCCUGCGUGCUGUGAAACUAUGGCUUGUGAGUAUUUAUCUAUGGAGGUGAUGGAGCGCUGGAUUCUCAUGGGAUUCCUGUUGUGCCACAGUAGUUUAAAUACAAAUGCCGGCUCUCAGAAUUUAUGGAAGAUGGCUCUUCGUAACGGCCUUUACAUCUCAAUCAUCCGAGAUGAAGUUUUGAACAUACACAAACUCUCUGAAGAUUUCUUUGAUAAUCUUAAAGGACACAGUAAGCGCAUUGCUGACAUCAAAGAAUGCAAAGAGUUUGCCCUUGCUAACUGCGGGACAUUGCGAAGAGAGAAACGAAGCUUUCUGAGAAAUGCCUUGAAAGAACUUACCAAGGUUUUGGAGGAUGAACCGGCCCUGCUUGGACCCAAGGCUUUAUUUGUGUUCAUGGCCCUGUCGUUCUCUCGUGAUGAAGUACUUUGGCUUGCGCGUCACGCUGAGAAUAUCACAAAGACCAAAACGCCUGAGGAUUACGCAGACUCACAGAUGGCAGAGAUCCUGUACCACAUGGAGAAGCUGCGUUCAAUGUUGACUCAUCACAGUUAUGUUAUACAGCGCUAUCAUCUUCAGUAUUUAUCACAGUACGAUGCUCUAGUGUUGAAUGACACCAUUCAGGGUAUGAAUGUCUGUCCAGAGGAAGAAUCGGUCCUUCUGUCAUCAUUCGUCUCAACUCUGUCUACAAUGACUCUUAAGAACUUAAAUGCAGGAGAAGAAUUUGACCUGAAACCCUUCAGACUAGAUUGGUUAAGACUACAGGCUUACACCAGUAUUGGUAAAGCUCCUCUGUCACUGAAGGAUUAUCCUGACAUCGCUAAGAUCAUGAACAUGACCCAGUUUCACACAAGGAUGAUGGACAGUGUCAAUGAACUCCUUUUUGAAACCGCUGAUCUCUCUGUUCUCUGUUUUCACGCGCGUGUGUUUGAGAAGAUGUUUUCUCAGAGCUCUGAAGACGCCUCUAUGCAUCGUUACCUCAUGGCAUUCCCAGCGGUCUGUUCACACUUCAGUCACUGUCUCCACCCACUGUGUCCAGAAGAGACUGAAGACAUGGAGCAGCAGACUUUGAAGCUUUGUGUGACCUUCUUGGAGGAAAUCGGCCGGCAGACAUGUACUGUUGUGUUGGACAUUUGUGCUGAACAGUGUAACCUUAAUGAGAAGUUAUUGGCCAAACACAGCGCUGAGAAGAUCAGUACAGUACGAAAUAAAAAACUGAAGAAACCAGCACCUAAGAAAGGAGAUGUGGCCAAAGAGAAACCAGGAACAGAAAGCCUGAGGAAAGACAGAGCUGUGGUCUCAAAUUUGGAUAAGAUGCACCAGACGUUGACUGAGCUUUGUGCUUCAUACAGUAUGUGUAGUGAUUUGACAGUGUUCAGACACAUCCUCAUACCUGCUGAGUUUCUGCUCUCACAGCUGGAGAUCAGACUCGCCAAAGUGAUGGUUCAGAUGGCCAGUUAUAACCCGAGUACUCAGGAUAUCAUCCGACCCUCUGAACUGCUGUGUGGGAUUCAAGCGUACAUCAGCAGUCUGCAGAACCUCGGUUCUUAUAUCAGUGUUGAUGUUUCACGACUGGUCAAGAGUGUACUGUUACAACAAACACAACCGCUCGACUCGUACGGAGCACAGACCAUCACCACUCUUUAUACCAACUGGUAUCUGGAGGGUCUCUUGCGUCAGGCCAGCAGUGCUCUUAUAGUUCACUGUCCUACAACACACUGCUUUAUAAACCAGAACAUUGAAAAUGAGCAGAGCUUCAAGGCUGAGGAAUACUCUGACAUAUGUGAGUUGCGUGCAUUGACUGAACUGAUCGGCCCUUACGGACUGAAGUUUUUAAAUGAAAAUCUCAUGUGGCACAUCAUAUCCCAAGUUGGAGAAAUGAAGAAACUUGUAAUUGACAAUAUGGACGUCUUAGUGCAAAUGAGAGCAUGUUAUGAGAAUCCUGAUGCAAUGAGUGAACUUCAGAAGAAACUGACUGGCUGUGAGAAUGUACUGAAGAGAAUGACCAUUGUUGGUGUGAUUCUGUCAUUUCGGACCAUGGUUCAAGAUGCUCUUGAGGAGAUUAUGGACAAACACUGCUAUUUUCUGAUGAGACCCAUCAAAUGUCUGAAGGACUUUACUGAUUGUGAGACUGACAUCAAGGUGGCUCUUGAUGUGUAUGAAAUAGCAUCUGCAGCUGGUUUGUCAUGCGAGAUCGAUCCUGCGCUUGUUGUAGCUGUUGCAAACAUGCAGACAGAUAACUCGUCCAUUGAGGAUGAGUUUAAAAUCACCUGCCUGCUUCUGGUCUAUAUAGCGGUGUCUCUACCCACCUUCUGUCAAGAUCCAAACUCACUGUACAGACAAGAGCAUGGAGGUCACCAGAAUAACAUUCAUUGUUUGGCCACAGCGGUGAAUAGUUUGGCCGCUGCUAUGCUCACUGUUCAGAAGAAAAACAUUCAGACGCAGCUUGAAGAGUUUUUGAAGGUGGCAUCAGCGGUUUUACUGCAGCUCGGUCAGAAUGUGGAGCGAAUGGAGAUAAAGAACAGAGAUUCGGUUUAUAUCCUUUUGCACAAGAUAGUGCAGGAGUCACCGUUCCUCAGUCAAGACAUUCUGGAGAAAUAUUUCCCUUAUGUGCUUCUGCGAAACGCUUACAGAGAGGUUCACAGUGUCUUCAUCCAAUCCAUGCCAUAAAUCUACUGACUCAAUAAUAAACAUUUAUUAUGACUUAAAUAUUACUGAUUUAAUAAUGAUUUUCAUUUUCAUUGUUAGAUAUGAAAUUAUAUUUUAUUUCAAAAAGUAAACUGUGGAAAAUAAAAUUUUAGCAGGACAAUAUAGCUUAAACAAUAGAUAUUCAACUGUGUUGUGUUUGGUUUUAAUUCUGUUUGUAAUAAUGCUUAAUAACUAAUAUUAUUAUCAUCAAUGCUUUUUACCAUUACUGCUGUUUGCAAUAAAAUGAAACUGUUUAUUGUACAUUUUUUGUUGUUUAAAUAAACUUCAAUGACAUUUA